AUGCAGCUGCGGAAUCUGGCCAAUUCCAACGCUGACGCUAAAAGAGCAGAUAUUGGUAUUUUACGCCGCCAUUACCGUUUUGCAAACGCAGGCGUGCAGGACGAGAUUGCAGCAAUGUCUGAUAUGCAGAAGCAAGUUGAUUACAGUCGGAGCGGACGGCUUAUAAAACGCAAGACCCCAGGUCCUGAAUACGUGGAGGAGGGGCUACCAAAUUUUGAAUUUGACCUGGGCCCCCCACCACCUUCCUAG